AGGCCAUGGAAUGUUGGGGCUUGCAUCCUGGCAACAAGCAGCAGCUCCUGGCUAUUGGGGUUUGGACCCUGGAGCUGUCAACAGCUCGUGAAUUUUGGGGCUUGGACCUUGCAAAGGCCAACGGCACUUUGAUAUUGUGCUAUUGACCCUGCAAAGGCCAAGAACCUUUGAAUAUUGGUGUUUACAUCUUGCAAAGGCCAAGGGCCUUUGGUCACUGGGGUUUAGACCCUAGAAAGGCCAAGGGCCUUUGGAUAUUGGGGUUUGAACCCUGCAAAGGCCAAGGGCCUUUGGAUCUUGGGGUUUGAACCCUGCCAAGGCCAAGGGCCUUUGGUCACUGGGGUUUAAGCCCUGCCAAGACCAAGGGCCUUUGGUCACUGGUAUUUUCUCGCUUCUUGUGGAAGGGGCAGAUGGAGACCCGGCGGGGAGCUCGAGGGCUUUCUCACCAGGGACGUUCCUCCAGAGCCCCUGAGGUGCUGGUAGACAACCGUGACAGCAUGGCCAAUUCCAACAUCUGCACCGACAAUCCUGGGAACAUCCUCUCAACUCAGACAUCCACUGACAAACAGCAUCCCUGUCAAUUGGUUCGGGAAGCUACAGAGAAUUGUGUGCGCAUGUGGCAACAAUUUGAUCAAAUGGAGGAGAGUACCCAGAGGAUCGGAGGCCAAUACCAGCUCAUAGACACUCUGCUAGAAGAAAUCAGAAGUGACUGUGCAAACCUUGAGAAGUCCAGGGAAAUGCUGCUGCAAUGCACUGGAAUCCCGGAGCCAGGAGCCUUGCGUCUGCACCAGCAGAACACCAAACAGCGGAAGGAAGCGUCAGCCCAGGAGGAAAAGGCAGAGCAGCAGGACUGGAUGGAGGUUUCCCAGGAGGAGGAUUCAUCAAGCUGGUCUCUGGAGCAGCUGAGCUGGGAAUCCUCUGACCAAGGGCACGCAGCAGCCCAGGCAUGCAGAGAGGAGGAGCUGCUGGGCCAGAAGGCUGAGCUUGAGGGCCGACUGGCAGCCACAGAGUGGCUCCAACAAGACCUUUCCAGGCAGCUGGCAGAGACCAGGUCAGCAAAGGAGAGCCUGCAAUCCAGGCUGUUUGCUGCUCAGCAGCAGAUAGCUCAGCUGGAGAUGAGCAGGAAGCGUGUGGAGGCAGAGCUGCAAGCUGAGCUGCAGGAAGCUCGCAGUGAAGUCCAGGCAGCACAGAGGAGGCACAAGGAAGAGCUGCAAGGCCUCAAAAAGGAAAUUAAUCUCGUCCUUGCCCAUAGAGAGGCUCUACAAAAGCAGGUGGCAGAGUUGACAUCUCAGCUGGCAGCCUGCCGAGAGUGCCAGGAAAAGACUGUGCAGAGAGCCCAGCAAGAUGUGAGGGAGGCCCAGCAAGAGUCCAGGCAGAAGCUCUCAGAGGUUGAGCAUGUCCAGAAGCUGCUGGAGGAGGCAGAACAUCGGAACAAGGAGCUGCAAGUGCAUCCUGAGUAUUUGGAGAGCAAAUGGAUCCAGUGGGAAGAAAUGGCACGGCAGAAUUCAGAAUUGCAGGCUUCCGUCAAUGCCCUAGAGAGGGAAAAAGCCAGGCUGAUUCUGACUGUGGAGGAAAAGAACCUGUGCCUUAGAACACUGGAAGAACAGAACAUGGUGCUGAAAAAUUCUGUAUCUCAGUGUCAAUCUGCUCUUCAGGAGACAGAGCAGCUCUAUUCUGAGCAUAGAAGAGAAUUGAUGGCGCUCAACACCCGGGCCUGGGCCCUGCUGGAGGCAGUGAGGGAGAAGGCAGCUUGCCAAGAAUCUCGAGAGAAGCAGCUGGCAACUGAGGCGUCUGAGCUGUGUGUGAGGCUCCAGAGCUCUGAGGAAAGAGCAGAGGCCAUGGCAACACAGUGUAAGGCCAUGGAGCUGGAGCUGCAGAAGACACAGGCUGAGAGAGACAAUCUCAGGGCUCGCAAUCAGGAGCUGCUGAAACAGCUGGAGCAAUGUGAGAAAGCAAUGUUGAGGGCAGAACACCUGAAAAUCUCUCUGGAAUGUUCCCAGAAGAAAGACACCAUUGCCCAAAAGGAAGAGGAUGUGAUUCUUCGUCACUCUCUGCAGAAGAAACUGGAAAACCUGGAGAAGGAAAGGAACCAUGUUCAGCAUGAACAGGAAUUGUACCAGCAGCACAUGAGAUAUCUGGAAAAGGAGAAUGAAAUGCAUGAAGCUAACAUGCAAAGUCAAAAGGAACAAAUGCAACAACUGGACACUGAAAAGGAAACCAAGCUGGCGGAGUGGGAGCAUGGGGCUGCUGCUUUGCAGAAAUGGAGGGAGUAUGCUCAGAUACUGAGUGCUGCACUGAACAAGAGUGAAAUUGCCAAAGGGGCUCUGAAGAAGCGCUUGGACAUCCUGAAAGGAAAUAUCCAGGCAGGCAGAGGCAUUGACUUUCAGUCCAGUGCAGUGCCCCUGAAUUAUUCCAGUGGUGUUUCCCAUGAAGAGGUUUCCCAGGAGGAGGAUUCAUCAAGCUGGUCUCUGGAGCAGCUGAGCUGGGAAUCCUCUGACCAAGGGCACGCAGCAGCCCAGGCAUGCAGAGAGGAGGAGCUGCUGGGCCAGAAGGCUGAGCUUGAGGGCCGACUGGCAGCCACAGAGUGGCUCCAACAAGACCUUUCCAGGCAGCUGGCAGAGACCAGGUCAGCAAAGGAGAGCCUGCAAUCCAGGCUGUUUGCUGCUCAGCAGCAGAUAGCUCAGCUGGAGAUGAGCAGGAAGCGUGUGGAGGCAGAGCUGCAAGCUGAGCUGCAGGAAGCUCGCAGUGAAGUCCAGGCAGCACAGAGGAGGCACAAGGCAGAGCUGCAAGGCCUCAAAGAGGAAAUGAAUCUUCUCCUUGAGCAGAGGGAGGCUCUACAAAUGCAGGUGGCAGAGUUGACAUCUCAGCUGGCAGCCUGCCGAGAGUGCCAGGAAAAGACUGUGCAGAGAGCCCAGCAAGAUGUGAGGGAGGCCCAGCAAGAGUCCAGGCAGAAGCUCUCGGAGGUUGAGCAUGUCCAGAAGCUGCUGGAGGAGGCAGAACAUCGGAACAAGGAGCUGCAAGUGCAUCCUGAGUAUUUGGAGGGCAAAUGGAUCCAGUGGGAAGAAGUGGCACGGCAGAAUUCAGAAUUGCAUGCUUCCGUCAAUGCCCUAGAGAGGGAAAAAGCCAGGCUGAUUCUGACUGUGGAGGAAAAGAACCUGUGCCUUAGAACACUGGAAGAACAGAACAUGGUGCUGAAAAAUUCCGUAUCUCAGUGUCAAUCUGCUCUUCAGGAGACAGAGCAGCUCUAUUCUGAGCAUAGAAGAGAAUUGAUGGCGCUCAACACCCGGGCCUGGGCCCUGCUGGAGGCAGUGAGGGAGAAGGCAGCUUGCCAAGAAACUCGAGAGAAGCAGCUGGCAACUGAGGAGUCUGAGCUGUGUGUGAGGCUCCAGAGCUCUGAGGAAAGAGCAGAGGCCAUUGCCUCACAGUGUAAGGCCAUGGAGCUGGAGCUGAGGAAGAGACAGGCUGAGAGAGACAAUCUCAGGGCUCGCAAUAAGGAGCUACUGAAACAGCUGGAGCAAACAAUGUUGAGGGCAGAACACCUGAAAAUCUCUCUGGAAUGUUCCCAGAAGAAAGACACCAUUGCCCAAAAGGAAGAGGAUGUGAUUCUUCGUCACUCUCUGCAGAAGAAACUGGAAAACCUGGAGAAGGAAAGGAACCAUGUUCAGCAUGAACAGGAAUUGUACCAGCAGCACAUGAGAUAUCUGGAAAAGGAGAAUGAAAUGCAUGAAGCUGACAUGCAAAGUCAAAAGGAACAAAUGCAACAACUGGACACUGAAAAGGAAACCAAGCUGGAGGAGUGGGAGCAUGGGGCUGCUGCUUUGCAGAAAUGGAGGGAGUAUGCUCAGAUACUGAGUGCUGCACUGAACAAGAGUGAAAUUGCCAAAGGGGCUCUGAAGAAGCGCUUGGACAUCCUGAAAGGAAAUAUCCAGGCAGGCAGAGGCAUUGACUUUCAGUCCAGUCCAGUGCCCCUGAAUUAUUCCAGUGGUGUUUCCCAUGAAGAGGUUUCCCAGGAGGAGGAGUCAUCGAGCUGGUCUCUGGAGCACCUUAGCUGGGAAUCCUCUGACCAAGGGCACGCAGCAGCCCAGGCAUGGAGAGAGGAGGAGCUGCUGGGCCAGAAGGCUGAGCUUGAGGGCCGACUGGCAGCCACAGAGUGGCUCCAACAAGACCUUUCCAGGCAGCUGGCAGAGACCAGGUCAGCAAAGGAGAGCCUGGAAUCCAGGCUGUUUGCUGCUCAGCAGCAGAUAGCUCAGCUGGAGAUCUCCAGGAACCAUCUGGAGGCUCAGGUGCUCACAGUCACACAGGACAAAGAGGUGAUAGAAGGACAAGUGAAAUGCCUGCAAGGUGAGCUGGAAGCAGAGAGAGCUCUCAGGAAGCAGGAACAGGAAGACACAGCUCAAGAACUCCUGCAGGCACAGCAGCAGCAUCACAAAAGCCUCAGGCCUCAGGGAACAGCUCAGCAAGUGGAAAUAAAGAAGCUCCUGGAAGACCUGGCAAGUGAACGUGAAAGGCAUCGUGCAGAGAUGCAGGAGAUGCUGGAGCAAUGGGAAAAAGAGAAGGCAGAGAGAAAGAGGGAGCACAAGGAGGUGCUGUUGGAGAUGAGACAGAAAGUAGCCACCCUGCUGGCCCAACAAGAAGAAUUAAUGAGAUUUGAAAAUGCCAAGCGAGAGGUCCUGCUGGAAGAGCAGAAGGAGAAGAGUGCUUUAUCAGAGGCACUGCUCCAAACUCAGGGAGAGCUCAGCCGAGCCCGCCAGCAGGUCCAGCAGCUCAGGCAGGAGGUGCAAGAGCAGCAAGAGAAGGGGCAGCUAAGUACCAUCAAGGCAAAUCUGCAAGCUGAGCUUCAGGAAGCUCGCAGUGAAGUCCAGGCAGCAGAGAGGAGGCACAAGGAAGAGCUGCAAGGCCUCAAAGAGGAAAUGAAUCUCGUCCUUGCCCAUAGAGAGGCUCUACAAAAGCAGGUGAGUGAAAGAGCAGUGGUGGCAGAGUUGACAUCUCAGCUGGCAGCCUGCCGAGAGUGCCAGGAAAAGACUGUGCAGAGAGCCCAGCAAGAUGUGAGGGAGGCCCAGCAAGAGUCCAGGCAGAAGCUCUCGGAGGUUGAGCAUGUCCAGAAGCUGCUGGAGGAGGCAGAACAUCGGAACAAGGAGCUGCAAGUGCAUCCUGAGUAUUUGGAGGGCAAAUGGAUCCAGUGGGAAGAAGUGGCACGGCAGAAUUCAGAAUUGCAGGCUUCCGUCAAUGCCCUAGAGAGGGAAAAAGCCAGGCUGAUUCUGACUGUGGAGGAAAAGAACCUGUGCCUCAGAACACUGGAAGAACAGAAUCUGGCGCUGAACAAUCUUGUGUCUAAGUGUCAAUCUGCUCUUCAGGAGACAGAGCAGCUCUCUUCUGAGCAUAGAAGAGAAUUGAUGGCGCUCAACACCCGGGCCUGGGCCCUGCUGGAGGCAGUGACGGAGAAGGCAGCUUGCCAAGAAACUCGAGAGAAGCAGCUGGCAACUGAGGAGUCUGAGCUGUGUGUGAGGCUCCAGAGCUCUGAGGAAAGAGCAGAGGCCAUUGCCUCACAGUGUCAGGCCAUGGAGCUGGAGCUGAGGAAGAGACAGGCUGAGAGAGACAAUCUCAGGGCUCGCAAUAAGGAGCUGCUGAAACAGCUGGAGCAAACAAUGUUGAGGGCAGAACACCUGAAAAUCUCUCUGGAAUGUUCCCAGAAGAAAGACACCAUUGCCCAAAAGGAAGAGGAUGUGAUUCUUCGUCACUCUCUGCAGAAGAAACUGGAAAACCUGGAGAAGGAAAGGAACCAUGUUCAGGAAUUGUACCAGCAGCACAUGAGACAUCUGGAAAAGGAGAAUGAAAUGCAUGCCCUUGACAUGCCAAUUCAGCAGAAAAUUACACAACUAUUGGACACUGAAAAGGAAAACAAGCAAGAAGAAUUGGAGAAUGGUGCUGCUGCUUUGAAGGAAGGAACAAGUGGGAGCACUCGGAGUGCUGCACUGGCCAAGUGUAAAAUUGCCAAAGGGGCUCUGAAGAAUCACUUGGCAUUCCUGAAGGAAAAACAUUGUGUUCAGGCAGACAAUGGCAUUGACUUUCAUUCUACUCCAGUGUCCCUGAAUUAUUCCAGUGAUGUUUCCCAUGAAGAGCAGGCUCUUGGAGCACAAGAGGAGCAGCUGUUUCGUGGCUCAGGGACCAGCCUGGAACCUAAGGAGCCAGUUGCAUCAGCAGAGGAGGAAAAGAGAGAGAGGCCUGAAUUCUCCACUGUGCCCAGGAGAAGUGGCGAGCAGGUGGAACCUGACAGGAGAAUCAGAGCUUUUAGGAGAAUGUUCCUCCCAGACUACUUCAUAUUCCCUGUCCACGAGUCUGCCCAUCGAAAUUGGUCAACUUUUGAAAUAGAAGACUCCUUCAGUAGCUCAGGGGAGCAGCAGCCCUCGUGCUGAUGCACAGCCUGUGGAGAAGAGGGUGUCCCUGCUGCAGUCACAGCUGGCCCAAGACCGACAGCACCACCUGGAGAGCUGUGCAGGGAGCAGGCAGGAGACACAAGGUGCAGAAGGGACCUCCUUGCUUCCUGAACAUCUCAGAGAGGAGCCAGCUGGAUGCAGUUUUAGACGUAGGCAGUAGUUUAUGUUUAAAGGUGGUAUAGUAUAGGAUAGCAUAGGUAAUAGUAAUUGAACCUUUAUACAACUGUGUUCCAUAGGAUGAAGGAUAUAUUGAUAGAGAAAUAAAGAGUUUAUUCUGAUCACAAUUAAACUAAAA